AUGCCAUUCGUCAAAGAUUUUACUCCAGUUGCUUUAAAUGACACCAACUUAUUCAAGCCUAUUAAGGUUGGAAACACUGAAUUGCAAAACAGAAUUGUUAUGCCUCCAUUGACUAGAAUGAGAGCUUCUCAUCCAGGUAACGUUCCGAAUAAGGAUUGGGCUGCUGAAUAUUAUUAUCAGCGUUCUCAAGCUCCUGGUACCAUGUUAAUAACUGAAGGUACUUUUAUCUCUCCACAAGCUGGUGGUUAUGAUAAUGCUCCAGGUAUUUGGUCAGAUGAACAAAUUACAGAAUGGAAAAAGAUUUUUGCUAAGAUUCAUGAAAAUAAAUCUUUUGUAUGGGUUCAACUUUGGGCUUUAGGUAGAGCUUCCUUUGCUGAUGCUUUAGCUAGAGAUGGUUUACGUUAUGAUUCUGCUUCAGAUGGUAUCUAUAUGGAUGAUGAAUCAAAGGAAAAAGCUGAAAAGUCUAAAAACCCUCAACAUGGUAUUACAAAGGAUGAAAUUAAACAGUACAUUAAGGAAUACAUUCAAGCUGCUAAGAAUUCUUUAGCUGCUGGUGCAGAUGGUGUUGAAAUUCACUCUGCUAACGGUUACUUGCUAAAUCAAUUUUUGGAUCCAAAGUCUAACCACAGAACUGAUGAAUACGGUGGAUCCAUUGAAAACAGAUCUAGAUUUGUCUUGGAGGUUGUUGAUGCUUUAAUUGAGGCUGUAGGUGAAGAUAAAGUUGGUAUUAGGUUUUCACCAUAUGGUACUUUUGGUAGUUUGUCUGGUGGUGCUGAACCAUUGAUUGUUGCCCAAUAUGCUCAUGUUAUUGGUGAAUUAGAAAAGAGAGCUAGAGCAGGUAAGCGUUUAGCUUAUAUUCAUUUAGUAGAACCACGUGUCACUAAUCCAUUCUUAACUGAAGGUGCAGGUGAAUAUGAUGACGGUACUAACGAUUUUGCUUUCUCUAUCUGGAAGGGUUUGAUUAUUAGAGCAGGUAAUUUGGCUCUACAUCCAGAGGUUGCAAAGGGCUUUGUCCAAGAUGAUCGUACCCUAUUGGCAUAUGGUAGAUUCUUCAUUGCUAAUCCAGAUUUAGUGAAAAGAUUAGAAAAAGGCUUACCUCUAAAUAAAUAUAAUAGAGACUUAUUCUACGCAAUGACCUCUGAAGGUUAUUUAGAUUAUCCAACUUAUGAAGAAGCUCUUGCUUUAGGCUGGGAUAAACAAUAA